CAGUGUUUAUAGGUUCAGUUCGCAAUAGGUUCAUCGUUUCCCCAUAGGGAACCAUCAUCAUUAUAUCCUAGAUAUUUUAACCAUUGCCAGAAGGAGUACAUUUAAAAUACUUCUAGCUAAAAAUUUCCAAUUUGAUGCCGGUAAAGUUUUUACGGUUUUAAAUGAAUGAGGACUACCAUGACGGCCGAACUGGACUGAGCUGUUCAUUGUAAUUUCAGGUUUAAUCACGAUAGUUUAUUAUUCUCCUGAUCUUUUGUAUCCUCAUGAGCUCUGUGGAUUUCCAUUCAUAUUACUAGUAUGUUACUAGACCACGCAAGGAACCAUUUUAGCGAAUUAUAUUUGGUCUGUGAUAAUCUUAAUGAUGGAAGGAGCAUAGCAGUUUGACAAAAUGGAAACGGCUAACAGUAUAACAGAUAUUAAACAAACAGAUGGGACAGUCCGAGAACACGAACUAAAUUCAGGUAUUUUAGAAGUACCAACAGCCAAGCUUCAGUCUGAACCAAAACGGGAGACAGAAGAAAGCUAUCCCAUUAUAAAGACACUUUCGAGUUUCGGUCGUACAGACAUGGUCUUUCCUCGUACCACGUUUCCUUUCCACGAGAAUUCGCCACUUCAUAUAUCACCAGUUACAGAUAACAGCAAACGAUUUAGGAACAACCCUUUGAGCUCUUUCAACGGAGAUUUCACAGGAAAAUCAAACCUGGGACUUGCCAUGAAACGAGCUCGCACUGAUGAUGUUUACUUCAAGCCUGAAGCGGCGAAGAAAAGAUGCUUCGAGUCUUUCUUUCAAGGAAAGGAAGAAAUAUCAGAGGCCGACUUUCAGAUGGCACUCAUAAAGCAAAGCAUUUCUAGAAAAAAGGAAUGGGUUUAUAAUCAAGUGCUACAGAACUUGGAACUUACAACGCCUUCCGACACGAAUCGCGUGAAUGUUAUUAGCGAUUCACAGCGGGUAGGCGCAAAAAACUACCAUCAAAAUAACACGAAUACGCCAUUUGUAAAUAGUUUUCCUUCAAAUUCAGCGCACCAAUCUAGCUUUAGUGGACUUGUCCGAGUCAAGGAUUCGAAAAAAGUUAUCGACGAAGAUGGCAAUUGUUAUAUAGAUACAGAUGAUUAUAUGAGCUUCAAGGCCCAUAAAGGACCCUCUACUUCGCAAGGAGUCGGAUAUUCAAGGAACAAUACAUUUAAUGGACAUAUUAAGCAAGAGACCAGAGACUUUGAUUCAUGUGAUACAACAGUCAUCACCAAGAGAGGGUUGUUUUUGAACUUAAAAAUCAAUGGAGGGGUUGCUAUCGAUCAUGACAGUAUGCCCAAAAUUGCGGCUAUUUACACACAUGGUAUAAAAGGAAGACAAGAACACGAAGCUCGGAUGCGACAACGUCACGUCCAAGCGAAAAUCACCGGCUCUAUCUACAGGCCAACACAKUCGGGUGAUGUCAAAACCGAAGAAAUGACAGAGGGGAAGAGUAAUAUCGCUAAAGAGGAAGYCAAGUGGUGGCCACCGAGCCCAGAGUCUAUGCCCACCGAUGUUAUGUCAAGAGACGUUGGGGAAGGAUUAUUAAAAGUUAUGACUCCAGAUGAUAUGAAGGCCUAUGGUCUCCCUAAAGAGGAGGAAAAGAAUGAAGCAGAACCAGAGAGAGAUGACGAUGACGUUGUAGUAACUAAGAUUAAAAUGGCCCCUAGGAACAAGCUCAGGAAUAAUAACAAGAUGGAAGGAAUAAACGAAAAGACGCAGGACGAGUUGCCUCCUUUGCAACUGGACGCUUACGGUAAAGCAGCCAAUUACAAAGAAAUCCUCUUACAUUAUAUUUCACAAAAACUGAAAAAUGAUUCCAAGAAUACCUGCCUAGAGAACAUUAGUUCGGUUGCUGAGAGACCACGUAGGAAUAUGAGUAUGGAAGAACUUUGUAGCAAACUAAAGGACACGAGAGAAAAACUAGAGAAAGAAAAAUUAAAAUGGAGACGCAAGCUUUUGAGUAGCCUAGAAGUUGUUUUAAUCAAGAAAAUACGGCGCCUGGAGAAAGAAUCUAGAGAAGUAGUACCUGAUGGUAUGAUAUUAGAGGGUGUGGUAGUUCAAAAACGCCAGGAAGACACGAAAAUGGAAGAAAAACAAGAAGCUUCUGUUAAAGGAAGCAACAGUGACAUUGUAGCAAUGAUGGAGGAUUUGACCUCAGAAACUGCAAUCGUCGAAAGCACGCGGUGCAACAAACGCACUGAAAGGAACAGCCAAAGUGUAUCAAAUAUUCGCGGUUAUGACUCAUCCUAAGUAGGCCACUCUCAACUCGAACUUUCUGAUUCAGAAUAAUUCAAACCUGAAGUGAAUGGGAUUUGAAGAGUAUUCGAUGGGGUUUAUUUAAUGGUGGACUAAGUGACCCCCUUACUUUUCCUGUAAGGUCGAUAUCAACUGCUGUUUUUAUAUUAUUUAUAAUAUAUUGAUAUUAUUUUUGUUGAGUUAUUUCUGGUAGAAUUCUCAGUCUUUUCAAAUCCCAUUUUUUUAUUCAUCUACUUAAAUUUCUAUUCAUGUUAGGAAUCAAUUCUACGGUACUAUAUUCUUCUAAUUUAAGUUUUAAGGUUAUCUAUAGUAAUAUUUAUUAUAUUUCUAAGAAACCAUUUCUAGAAAUGAUGAGUGAGGAUUUUUUGUUUUAAGUUGAAAGUCAAGGUAUGUGUGGUGAGUUUUAGCGCGUGCGAUUAGAGAUCUUAAGCUCGUUUUCUACUGAAUUUAUUAUGACGAAGAUGGAAAGCCAUCUUAAAAAUAUCGUCGUGUUAUGUAUAUAAAUACGCUAAAAAAUUAAAGAAAAUAUAAGUUUUAUAUACAGGAUUGAAUGAACUUUAAGUAAAUGAAAAUAAGAAUA